UUGGUUAAGCGUCUCUCUAGCACAAAUUCGGUCAAAACUAGUCAAAGCCAACACAUAAGAAAGUCUAUGCUUGUCUAUGAUUUAGCUUUUCUACAAUUUCUGCGGUCACGAUUUUGGACUCUUGGCUCUUUUAUUGUUUGUGAAUCUUUUGACCAGGCGCCCACAAAGAAAUCAAGCAAAAUAGAAAGAGUUCCCCGUAGAGCCAAAACGCUGAGGUUCAUUUCAGUCUCUGUUGUGACUUCAGCCCAAUCGGACGUCGAGACUCGCGGCAAACAAAAAAAAUUAAUAAAUAAAGUUUCUAUAAAUACAUGUGUACAUGGCGAAAAGUAUAGAGAAAUCCAAGUGAAUUACAUUUCAAAUACAGAGAGUGAAGAGUUAAGUGAACAAUAUCAUUAUUUUCUUAUGCAAAUCACAUAGCCUUCCAUAAAAGGUAUAAAAUUUGUGCCAAGUGUCUUAAACAGCAAUUCCAUUCUACGCAUGCGCAGAGCAUACAAAAUAGAAACCGCCUCUCGAGUCUCGCACGUGUGUCUUAACGAUCUACAAUUAUGACCGCCUCACCUGGACUUCUCCACAUGGAUCAGCCUCUGCGUGCUUUCUAUCAAUUUUUCUUGGAUUUGCUAAUAUUCACAUUUAAAUCACUGUUUUACAUACUGGAAUCGUUAUACCACACAAUAUUACCACAGCGCUUUAGAAAGUUGAAGAACGUAUCGGGUCAGGUGGUGCUUAUAACUGGUGGCGGAGGGGGAGUUGGUCGUUUGAUAGCUCUGAAUUUUGCUCGGCUGGAGGCACGUAUUGUCAUCUGGGAUAUCAAUCACGAAGCUAUCAAGACGACGUCGGAUUUGUUGGCCAAACAUGGCUAUAAUAACUGCAAAGGUUAUGUCGUGGAUAUAUCUGACCGAGAGCAGAUCUAUCAGAGAGCCGCCCAGGUUAUUGAAGAUGUAGGUCACGUGGAUAUAUUAAUAAAUAAUGCUGGCAUUGUUUCCUGCAAACCAUUUUGGGAGCAACACGAUCGUGUCGUACAGAAUACGUACAACAUAAAUAUCAUUUCGCACUAUUGGACAGUUAAAGCCUUUCUGCCGCAUAUGAUGAGUGUGAAUCGCGGUCAUAUUGUCACAGUGGGAUCGGUUACGGGUAUGCUGGGUACAUACGGUUGCAGUGAUUACGCAGCCACAAAAUAUGCCUGUAUUGGUUUCCAUGAGAGUCUGUUGACUGAUCUCAAGGCCCAUGGUUAUGACCAAAUACAGAUGAGCUUAAUUUGUCCAUACUACAUCAAUACGGGCAUGUUUGCUGGCGUACGGCCACGGAUGAUGCCCAUGCUGGAACCUCAAUAUGUGGCCGAUCGCAUUGAGCAGGCGGUGCUUUGCAAUGAAGUUUGGUGUGUUCUUCCCAAUUCCAUACGUCUGUUAACUCCACUGAAAUGUUUAUUGCCAGCCAAGAUGUGCUGGGAGCUGAUGUCACGUGUAAUACGUGGCCCAGAGUCCAUGAUGUUAUUCCAGGGACGAGGACGUGUAGCUGCUGGCUAA